GACGUCGCCAAGAGAUGGAAACAGUAUGGAGUGGAAUCUCCACGAUUCCGCAAACGGUUGCAUUCGAAGUGGGAGAGCAUGAACUACGACGUUGUGGACAGCCAACUGCAGAGAACCCACACAGACAAAGGAACCUCCAAAAAAAGGUUGGCUUUGACGUGGCUGAGUUCUUGGUUGAUCUAUUUUUUCAUCGGCAUCGGAACUGCCUUCUUGGCGGCUGGGGUUCAAAUCUCAGUAGAACUUGUAGCUGAACAGAAAUUCGGCUUGAUCAGAGACUGUAUCUUUUACUGAAAGUACUCGAAAAUU